AUGCCUACAGCCCCUGUGUCCGCUUCAAACAUAGCUGCCCAGACUCUCCAGCGAAACGCUUAUAACCACAAACAACCCACCAGUUCUACGCCGUCGCCCCAGAAUGGGUAUUCAGUCUCGAGAAGCCUGGUUGGCUUGCCGAGGGAGGGAGAGGGGAGCUGGAGUGGAAGUACGGUGGAGGAAAGAGCCUCGAUAGAACUUACACCAGCUGCGGAUAGACAGUUGUUUGUGUUUUGUGAUCCGGUAGCUUUUCGCUAUCUCGAAGAUGAACCUUGUGUUACGGUGGUGUACCGACAGAGAACACUCCCGGGGUACUCGCUCUAUCUCGUUGAGCAAUGGGCGUGCUCCCGUAUCCAUCCCACGUUCGUUAUCGCCACCUAUACCGGCGACCCCUCACACAUCGUCUGUGUCGGGGUUCUAGAUAUCCCUCUCGAUGAAUCCCAGUGGUCCCCACGCCUCCGUGUCUACUUCAAGGCUGUCGAGAAGUUCCAUGCACGGCCCAAGCAAACCCCCAUUGGGACUGUGAUGGUGACAAAUCUGUCUUCGUUUCCAAGCGCGCUGACGGUCGUUGCUGUGCCUGAUGGUAAUAUGCGGAAGCAUCGUCAGGACUUUAUCGUGAAUGAAGAUCUCAAGCGGAUGGGUUGUUCUGGACGGUCGGCAAUGAGCUUGACUAAGCCCGGGGAUGCCAGUCAAACCAAGUUUCACCAACUGUUUCGCACGAGCGAUAGAAUCCCUUUUUACACUGCUGUCAUUGAGCUUGUAAGGCUGUGCCAGAUUGCGUUAACGCUUUUUGAGCAGUUGAAACCCGAGUACGCUGAUGGGCUGCUUUGCGAUAUCACCGAGAGGGGCAUCUAUGACUGGUGGACACAGUUCGGGACUGAUUUCUACAAUAUUGAGCCUAAUGACGGAAUAAUGGGGCCGACAACUGUUGCUGCAUUGCUGGGGAUGGUACUGGGUGCUAGGAAUAGAUUAUCAUCGUGCGGUGCGCCCGUACCGAAGGAUGCAUUUGAUAUCCCACAGUUCAAGAAAGCAAUAUAUCACUUUCAAAGACAGCAGCGCAUACCAAGAACUCGGAGACUUGACAGACAAACAAUGGACCGACUCCAAAGAUUUACAAUGAAAAAUGGAACAGGAGCUUCCGGGGAUAUUUUUGCUGUCCCAAGAGCCAUCAAAAGUACGGUUGUUGAUCUUGGUGGUAGAGCCGUGGGAAGCUCAUCGAAUAAGGUUGAAGGAAGUGCUGUGGAAACAACAGACAUCGAGAAGUUUGUGCUGCAUUUAACGGGUGAGACCUGCAAAUUUCUGUGGCAAGGGAAGCCAAGAAAAAGUGUGCCUGGAGUUGGAAGCAUGCAAUCUCCACCAGAGGGUAGCAAAAGUAGACGGAACAGCCUAGGUGAUGGGAGUAUCAGCGAAGAGGAGCAGGUUGGCAAGGAUAUCUCCGAAAAUCCUGUCUCCCCGAUUGCAAAUCAACAUUCCUCAAACGGGUCAGUUGGAAGCGGCAGUGCGGGUGCCUCGAGUAAUCCAAGUGACACAAAGGAUGCCACGGGGGUAUCUGACCUUAGAAAGGCUGUGUUCAAGACAAUGACAGGGCGUAUGAAGGAUGUUGCUUCGGGAAUAUCAGCAGGUGCAGAUUAUGUCAGGGGCCGUGGCCAGCACCAGCGGUCUGCACCGACGAAGGAAAGCCAUUCGAUAGAAGGGGCUGAGUUCCAAAAUUCGAUUGAACAGAGUGGAACAAUCACACAACGUCUCAAUGGGGGAAGCUUGAAAAUUGCAACAGGGGCACAGCUAAAUAGGUUCGAAAAGGAGGGACAGACAGCCGAAAGCCCGACUACUUCGAUCCUCAAGAUGUCAUUCCAAACUGAAAGCCCCACCGAGGGCGUGAUGACUGGGUUCCAUAGUGUUACUGGAAGUAUCCAUGAAAAAGACCCUCACGUCGCGGAAGGGCACGAUGAGGACGUGCAAGAAUAUGUGGACGCUCGUCCCGGGAGCGACGAGACAUUUCCCACUGAAUACCCGCUAGAAACCCUGUACCGAAAUGUCGAGAUCGGCUUACAGCGCAGAAAGAGCUUCACCAAGGUAAUCGGAUCCUGGGAAACCCCACGCCACGAAGAAUAUUGGCCCCGGCGUCUUUCCUUCAGUAUUGCAGAGGAGGCUAUCCUUGACUGGGUUUCCUUGUCGGACAUAACGAAAUCCGAAGGCGCACAAUUGCCAUCACUCAAGCUCAUGAGGUGUCUUGCCGAAGACAUCCCCACCCUCUCAAAAUGGGUUGAGCGCAAAAUCACGACCGUUGAAAACCUGCAUCAAUAUCUCUCCACGACCCUCGACGACAUCACCGCGAUCCGGAACUCACAGAGCGCGAUCGUGGCAGACAUGGAGGACGCCAAGCGCGAUGUGCUAGAGCGGCAGAAAGAAGGGUUGAGAGAAGCAGUGAGAGAGGUUGAGGUCAUAGGCGCAAGGAUGCAGUACGAGCUUGGGAACGUGAGGGGGAAAAUGACGGAUGUCGAAGACGCGCUGAGGAUGUUUGCGAGGAGUGUUGAGGAGGUGGAGGCGAGGGCUAGUAUGAUUGGGCUGCGGGAGGAGAGGAAAGUGGGGUGGAUAGAGUGGGGAUUGGGGUUGGCGCUUGGAUGGAGACCGGGGGGCCGCGAUGCGCCUGGGGAUGAGAUGGAGAUGGAGAUGGACGAUUAA